GUGACGUCGUUCAGCACCCCUCCCACCCCGGAGAGGAACCGCCCCUCGUUCUUCUCCCCUUCUCUCCGUCGGAAGGUCCCCAGGAACCGUAUCACUGAGAUGAAGAAGAGUCAUUCAGCCAACGACAGUGAAGAGUUCUUCAGGGAAGAGGAUGACGAGGACCUGUGUAACCAGUCCAACCUGCGGUCUCGCUCCCUGUCGGGUACAGGUCGGUCCCUGGUGGGAUCUUGGCUCAAACUGAACCGUACGGAGGACUACUUCCUGCUUUACUCCCACCUGACCUACGUCACCCUGCCGCUGCAUCGCAUCACCUCAGAUAUCCUGGAGGUGAGACAGAAGCCCAUCCUGAUGACAUAGCAGAUCAGAGCUCCAGUCCUCCUAACUGCCCCAGAGCCUCCCUACUAAGUGCCUUCCUGCAUCAGGCCCUGACUGACACCACUACAACCCAGUGGUGACAUGGAAAACUACCACCAUCUGGUGGUGACAUGGAGGAAUUACAGCAACAUUACCAUGGUGGUGAGGUGGAGGAAUUACAGCAACACUACCACCAUCUGGUGGUGACAUGGAGGAAUUACAGCAACACUACCACCAUCUGGUGGUGAGGUGGAGGAAUUACAGCAACAUUACCACCAUCUGGUGGUGAGGUGGAGGAAUUACAGCAACAUUACCACCAUCUGGCGGUGACGUGGAAGAAUUACAGCAACACUACUACCAUCUGGUGGUGACAUGGAGGAAUUACAGCAACACUACCACCAUCUGGUGGUGACAUGGAGGAAUUACAGCAACACUACCACCAUCUGGUGGUGACAUGGAGGAAUUACAGCAACAUUACCAUGGUGGUGAGGUGGAGGAAUUACAGCAACACUACCACCAUCUGGUGGUGACAUGGAGGAAUUACAGCAACACUACCACCAUCUGGUGGUGAGGUGGAGGAAUUACAGCAACAUUACCACCAUCUGGUGGUGAGGUGGAGGAAUUACAGCAACAUUACCACCAUCUGGCGGUGACGUGGAAGAAUUACAGCAACACUACCACCAUCUGGUGGUGACAUGGAGGAAUUACAGCAACACUACCACCAUCUGGUGGUGACAUGGAGGAAUUACAGCAACACUCCCAUCUGGUGGCGAGACAGAGAACUACAACCAAAGCUGGAGUCAAUGGCAAGAGAUGACUAUAAAAAAACUUUGGAACAAUGAAAACCAGCCAAUCAAAAAGUGCCUCUUCCCUCUCAUGUUCCUGCUCGAUGAGGAUUCGCUGGUGGGUGCGAGGCGGUCGCCAGGGAAACGGGCAUAGCAACACACGAUCGUGAAGUGCCAUUGGCUGAACUCUUGACCUGGAACUAAAAUGAUUUAGAAUGUCUCUGGACAAAUCUAAAAUGGAACUCUAUUCCCAGUUUAGUGCCCUAACUUUGGCCUUAGCCCUAUGUGGACUCUGACCUAAAGUAGUGCUCUAUAAAGGGAAUAGGGUGCCAUUUUGGACGACGUCUCUGUUUUCUUGUAAAUAUCCUGCUGCUUAACUAGUCACUGAUAAGCCUUUAGGAAAAGUUACGCUUCUUCUGACGGAACAUAAAGCUCCCUGUCUGUUUUGUCGCUGCGUGUUUGUGUUUCUAUCUGCGAGGCUCACUGUGUAGCGGGGAACGUUAACGGGAGAGUGCGUCUACAACGUUAUCUGUGGUCUUCAGUCACUCAGCACACCACUGGCACAAAGGAUGUUACUCUGAGACCAAAAUGUCCCCGUGUUCCCUGUAGUAUCCAGGGCUGUAGUAUCCAGGGCUGUAGUAUCCAGGGAAUAGGUUUCCAUCAGGCACAUGGUCUGGGGAAUCUUUAACUCUACAGUUUAACGUGACUAACUGUCAACCGGGAACUGAAAUUAUCAUCCAUAUAAAAUAAACGACUUGGAAAUUCACACCCCACAUGUAUGAAAGACUGGAGAAAAAGGAGGAUUUCCCUCAGCACUGGAACAACAGGGGUGAAUAUAGAAGCACAGGACCUGCUGAUACUCAGUUUUAGUAGCCGUAGAUACUAAAACCCUGUUUCUAUCUGGUCUCGUCCCCAGGCUGCCGUUGCGUAGAGCCUGGUAACUGUGGAACUGUCUGCAACUAAGGGGGUGUGGAUUUACUGAGUUGACAUGCUAAUCAAUUCAAAUUCUGGAGCGAAUCACAUGACUGUGAGGCGUGGGUCUAAAUCGAGGAGGAGGAGCGAGCCUGGGAUAGUUGUAUUUAUGGAAGCCCAUUCCUGUCACCCAAAAUACAAUUAAAUGUCGAUACUGCGUCAACAUUUUGACAGAACAGAUACACUACAUGAACAAAAGUAUGUGGACACCUGGUCGUUGAACAUCUCAUUUCAAAAUCAUGGGCAUUAAUAUGGAGUUGGGCUUCUGG